CCCUGCCCUGCCCUGCCCUGCCCUGCCCUGCCCUGCCCGGCUGCCCUGAAGAUGAGAUGUGGGAUGUGGGAUGUGCACCCGUCGUUCUUUGCCCUUCCCGACUUGGUACCUUAGAAUGUGAAAUUACCUCUACCUUCUAUACAGUAAGUACCUACUCUACUGUACCUACCACUUUUCCCUCUCCCUUUCCCUCUCCCUCUACCCUACCUCCUACCACUACCAAGGAGCGUCGUCGCUUGUAUGUUCCUAGUAGUCUCGACAUCCGCCAGCCAGUUCCAGUUCGUUCUCACAAUCGUUAUGAGUGAGGCCCAAACUGGCACGUCCACGUCCACGUCCGCUCCCUUCCCUUCCCUCCCCUUCCCUUCCCUUCAUAUCUUCCCUCCUUCCCGCCCAACACGACACGACACCCUUUUUCUCUUUUUUACAACCACAACUGCACAUCUCCGCAAUACUGCAAUUCGAUGCUUUCAUCGAUAUUGUAACAUCCUGCAUCGACCACGACCUUCAAACACCGCCAUUCGAUUCCAGCACUGCGACUUUUGCCGUCUCCCGCUGUAGAAGGCCUAAUACUGCCCUGCAUCCUGCAUCCUGCAGUCGCGCGGUCUUGACCUUCGUGUUCGUCGUGUCGUCCGUCCUCUGAAGCUAUUCAGAAGUCACCACGAACCGCCCGAUUGCCGUCACGUUUCGCCUCGCCCGCCACAGGCCCCCAAAUCAACAACUGCAUCGCCUGCAUCUCGACGCCUCUCUCAGGUCUCCUCAUGGUCUCGAAUACCUGCGGCUAAUAAUUCUCAGUAUUUGUCCCUCCAGAGGCCAAAUCGCCCUUUACCAUGGCCGCUGAACGCCGUCGGACCCAGGACGGGGCUCGAAGUGUUUCACCCAGCGACCUUUCAUCACCACCACGAUCUAGUCCGGAGGCAGCAUCUCCGUCUGCGCAAUUCCAGAAUGAAUACAACAACAACAACAGUAAUAAUCAUAAUAAUAACAACUCAGCAAACAAUUCCAGCAUCACCGUCAAUCCGCCAGGUGCUGCACUUGGCCCGGCUGAUCAGAAGCCGCCCCGCAAGAAACCCGGUCGGAAGCCAGGAUCCACCAACAAGCCGAAGGCCAAUGCAGACAGCUCGGCCACCAAUACCGACGCUCCCAAAGUCAGAAAGCAGCGCCGACCGAAAGAUCCCAAUGCACCUGUCCAGCGAAGAAAGCGGACGACGAAUCCUGAUGGUUCGACUCAGCUCGAUAUUAGGUUCGCUAACGACAUCCGGCCGCAGCAGCCGCCCCAUCCCGAGGCCCCGCCCAAUUUUCAUGUUCCGGUUCUAGCUUCCCAAUCCGGAAAACAUGAAGAUAUACAGCAACGGCCCAUACAGUCGUUCUUCAACGCUCCACCUCCGCAGCAUUCUCCUCCCCACCAACAGCCUCCACCUCAACAACACAUACAGCAACAAGCUAUGCGCACUAGCGGUCAGAACUACGAUCCCAUUCGAUCGAACUAUGAUCCCGUUCGGGAAACGGUCGUUACUCACCCCCCUUACGGAAAUCCCCAGACCUCUCCGAGUCACGCCCAUUCCAUCAAUCGUGCGAGCGCAUCGCCUUCCAUCUCCAGCCUUGUCGACCCGCCGAAUCACGCCCUAACGUCACCUUCUAUCGCCACACAAUCGUUCUAUCAACAACAGCAAUCUCGACUGCACCAAAGUGACGGCCCUUCGUCUGUACCGCCAUCCCCGACUGUCAACAGAAUGGGCCCUGGCGCUCAAGUUGAGCCUUCUCUUGCUCCACAACCCGGCCCUGCUACUCUGGGUUCAAGAAAACCAGAAGUCUUCCCUGCCAUGCAAAACGCUCCCUCAACGAUCUCAAAGAAGAUUGGCCCUACCAGUACUGCAACUUCUUCGACGGCAGCAUCUCCAAAGCCUCACAAAGUCAAAGAGCCAAAGGAGAAAGAUAAAGAGAUCUUUCCAGCGCCACCUCCACUGCCAGGGUCUGGCCUUAUGGGUAUUGGUGGUGGUGGCCCAGCAGAUGGAACGGAAUUCCGUGCUCCAACCGUCAUCCUCAAGAUUCCUAUGAACGGAGAGGUCAACAAAUACAUCAACUUUACUCGUCUGGCCGAAGAGCAGUAUGGAUGGGAUGCGCUGCACCCCCGCUUGGCUGCGCAACGUGAUCGAUUGGCACGCGUAGCUGCUGCUGGAGCUGCUCUCGAGCGCAAUGGCUCGAACAAGGACAGCGGAGACGAGAUGUCACUUGAUUCUGAAGCGGAAGGCGAAGGGAGCAAUAUCGAGAUGGGUGGUAUGAGUGACGGACGAACUGGAACCGAUGGAGGCAAGAAGGUUCCGAAGAAGAGGAAGAUGAAGGAAGACGAGUAUGAUAAAGAUGAUGGCUUCGUCGACGACACCGAACUCCUGUGGGAGGAGCAAGCUGCUGCUACAAACGACGGUUUCUUCGUGUACUCUGGACCCCUUGUCCCAGAGGGAGAGAAGCCCACGCUGGAGACACGGGCCGAUGGUGCACCAAAACGUGGCCGUGGUCGUGGCAGUCGGGGAGGCCGUGUAUCAGGCGGCCGGGGCGCUGCUCUCCUCCUCAAUGGUACAAUACCUGUUCGUCCAAACGGUCUACCCGCACAUGGUCCUGGAUCUCGAGGCGGAUCGACAACUCGCAAGCCCCGAAUCACCAAGGCCGAUCGUGCACGUAUGGAGCAAGAGAAACUCGAGCGAGAGAAGAUGGGAUCAAUGGCUUCCAUGCCUGGAGGUUAUGGAAGCAUGCCUCAUUUGGCUAGUGCUCCAAGCAACCUUGGAUCAACCCCUAUGGUCUUCAACCAGUGAGGCGUUGUUUUGGGUCUGGAUGCCUGAAUUGCGAGGAUUUGAUUAUGGUGUUGUAAAUUUGGCUGGCGUUUAGUGGUUGCGUUUGAUGCAUAAGAGAGACUGGACAAGUAUUCGUUUUUAUGUAUAAUAAUUUGCUUCACUCUGCAUUGCGAGGAGGGAAAAGGAGCAUAAGAGAGAAUUGACGACAUUUGCAAGAUGUGCACUAUAUUACCCACAAGGAGACGCACAGGAUCGACAAAUGAAACUGAAUUAGUGCAGAUCCGAGGACAAGAAACCCCAAAUUUUAAGCC